AUGUCCAUGAUUCUCCGUGCCGCUCCUCUCCGCGUCGCCCGCAACGCCGCUGCCCGCCAGCAGGUCCGCUACGCUCACUUCGAGAACGUUGUCGACAAGACCAUCCCCGGCGUCACCCGCAACGCGGCCCGUUUCGUGCCCAAGUUCCUUACCUACAUCACGAUCGGCUUCGGUCUCCCCUUCUACGCUGCGCACUGGCAGAUCGAGAAGGCCAAGGGCGCUUAA